AUGCCAUCCAUGCAUCCGUACCAGCUGCUGCCAAUUGACGAGAGAGUCAAACGGGUUCUGGCCACGACUCCUCUCAUCGACGGUCACAAUGAUCUUCCUCAGCAGCCCAGAGCUUGCUUCCAUGGUAAAAUACACAAUAAUGAAAAGUUUGACUUGGAAAAAGGCUUCGAGCGUGGAAUGACAGAUAUUCCUCGGCUUAAACAAGGCGGUGUGGGUGGACAGUUCUGGUCUGUCUGCGUUCCAUGUCUCAGAUCAGCCGAGGACUUCACUACCCCAGAGUACUCUGACAUGGCUCGAGAUGCCAUCGAACAAAUUGACCUAACGCUUCGGCUGGUUGAGUCUUACCCUGAGACAUUUCAACUGAUUAGUGGUCCUUCAAAAGUCAAGGAUGUUUAUGCCAGUGGUAAGAUCGCGUGCUCUAUUGGCAUUGAGGGACUGCACAUGGCCGGUAAUAGUAUUGGUAUCAUAAGAGCAUUCUAUAGGCUCGGUGUGAGAUAUUGCACUCUCACUCACGUGUGCAACAAUGCCUUCGCAGAUAGCUCUACUUCAAAGACCGGACCAGUUCACGGAGGACUUUCUGAUCUUGGGAGAGCGGCAGUUAGGGAGAUGAACAGAAUUGGCAUGAUCGUCGAUCUUUCCCACGUAUCAGAAGACUGUGCGAACCAAGCUCUCGAUCUCUCUCGAGCCCCCGUCAUGUUCUCCCACUCCAACGCGAAAGGGGUGUUCGACUGCCCCAGAAAUGUUCCCGAUCACAUUCUUGACAAGGUUCCCGCAAAUGGUGGAAUAGUCAUGGUCACUUUUGUCCCAGAGCAUGUCACAUCGCGCCGACGAGAUGCAAAGAUGGAGAUGGUGAUCGAUCAUCUAUUCUACAUAGCCAAUCGCAUUGGCUGGGAUCAUGUCGGUCUUGGAUCUGACUUCGAUGGAAUCGCCAGUGUGAUCCCAGGACUUGAAGAUGUGAAAUGUUACCCCCAUCUGCUGAAGGCUAUUCUGGAUCGUGGCGCUACCGAAGAGCAACUGACUAUGGUUGUUGGUGAGAAUAUCCUUAGAGUUUGGGCAGGGGUCGAGAAAGUGAGGGAUGAGAUGAAGGCUGAGGGAGUACUCCCAGUGGAGGAUGUGUUUAAGGAUCGGAAGUGGUGGAGAUAUGAUGGGUAUUAUCAGAUGGAAGAUCCAGAUCCUGAGGAUAAGCUUGGACUUGACUGGUAUGGGAAACCACCGCCGGAGGAAGGCUUAUAUCUCAACGAAUAG